UAUAGACAGGAGUUUACCGAAGACCAUCUGAACCAGGACUUCGAACUCUUCCCAUCGACAACAUCAAUCGUCGGUCAAACCAAUGGCAGUAAACUCUCUCCGGUAACGGCCAAACCCUUCGCCGAAGCGAGAUCUUUCAGUAAUGGAUCAGACCCCAUGGCUCAAUCUAUCGACAGCGAGCAAGCAUGGCUGGCUUGGUGUCGUGCCAGUGCUGCUCAAGAUAUGCACACAUUGCCUGUGAUCAAGGCUAGAGCCAUGCCUUCUAUCAGUGAUAGUGGUUACGGUUCUGUAGAGUAUACUGACAAACAUGAGCUCGACGCUGACCGGAGUGUAAAACCCGGCAUCGUCGAUCCCAGACACCAGCAAGUGCCGCAAUACUGCGAGAUUUGCUAUGAUGAGUCGGAGAAGAGGCGUUACUUCAGCAACAACGCAGACAGAAGAAAACACAUGCUAACACACACUCGUCCUUUCAAGUGUGAUGUAUCUGGAUGCGAUAACCACAACGGUUUCGCGUCUCCACACGAUCUUGCACGACACAAGAAGACAUGCCAUAGUGUGUUGACCGUCAAAACCUCGAAGUUCUACUAUCGUUGUGCUGCUCCGGCUUGCCAGAAGAAGGACAAGAUUUGGCCACGCAAAGACAACUUUAAAGCUCACCUGGAGGGAACACACAAGUACGAUGAGGUUGAGGUGGCUGAGCUCUUGAUGAAGUAA